AUGUGGCUGACAGAGCAAAGCCACAAUGCUUUCUCUGCUGGAUUAAAGACAACCCACAGAGUAGACCGACGACUCUGCUACUUAAAAUUACAUAGGUGGCUUGUCAAAUUCAAUUGAUUAGUACUGUAAGAAGAAAAAGAACUUCCUUAACACAGCUUGGAUUCAACCGUCCAAGACAAAAAUGCAACUGCCAUUCAAGUCACAGAUGAACAAAUGUCUACACUGAUCUUUGAAAGCAAGAAUAACAGCAACAAGUUUCUGGGUUUCCUUCAUCAACAGAUGAAAAAAGACAUCAUUCAACCUCACUUCAAAAUGAAGGCCUUUAUCUGGACCCUAACCGUGCUGUUCUUCCUACUCAUGGGCACUGAAUAUUGUCAAGGCGGCCAGAUCAAAAUUAAAAAAAUAGCCCAGAGAAGAUAUCCUCGUGGCAUAGAUGGUAAAGAGGAAACAAAGAAAUGUUCUUAUACAUUCCUGGUACCUGAACAAAAAAUAACAGGGCCAAUUUGUGUCAACACUAAAGGGCAGGAUGCAGGUGCCAUUAAAGACAUGAUCACUAGGAUGGACCUUGAAAACCUGAAGGAUGUGCUCUCCAGGCAAAAGCGGGAGAUAGAUGUCCUGCAACUAGUGGUGGAUGUAGACGGGAACAUCGUGAACGAGGUGAAGCUGCUGAGAAAAGAAAGCCGUAACAUGAACUCUCGUGUCACUCAACUCUACAUGCAGCUAUUACAUGAGAUUAUCCGUAAGAGGGAUAAUUCACUUGAACUUUCCCAGUUGGAAAAUAAAAUCCUUAAUGUCACCACAGAAAUGCUGAAGAUGGCAACGAAGUAUAGAGAACUAGAGGUGAAAUAUGCUUCUUUGACAGAGCUUGUCAAUAACCAGUCUGUGAUGAUCACCGUGUUAGAAGAACAGUGCUUGAGGAUAUUCUCCCGGCAAGACCCCCAUGUGUCUCCGCCCCUUGUUCAGGUAGUGCCACAACAUGUCCCCAGCAGCCAUCAGUACAGCCCUGGUCUGCUGGGAGGUAAUGAGAUACAGAGGGAUCCCAGUUACCCCAGAGAUUUAAUGCCGCCACCUGAUCUGGGAACUUCUGCCACCAAAAGCCCUUUCAAGAUACCACCAGUAACUUUCAUCAAUGAAGGACCAUUUAAAGACUGUCAGCAUGCAAAAGACGCUGGGCAUUCAGUCAGUGGAAUUUAUAUGAUUAAACCUGAAAACAUCAAUGGACCAAUGCAGUUAUGGUGUGAGAACAGUUUGGAUCCAGGGGGUUGGACUGUUAUUCAGAAAAGAACAGACGGCUCAGUCAACUUCUUCAGAAACUGGGAAAAUUAUAAGAAAGGUUUUGGAAACAUUGAUGGAGAAUACUGGCUUGGUCUGGAAAAUAUCUACAGGCUUAGCAAUCAAGACAAUUAUAAACUGUUGAUUGAAUUAGAAGAUUGGAGUGAUAAAAAGGUCUACGCAGAAUAUAGCAGCUUUCGUCUGGAACCUGAAAGUGAAUUCUAUAGACUGCGCUUGGGAACUUACCAGGGAAAUGCAGGGGAUUCUAUGAUGUGGCAUAAUGGUAAACAGUUCACCACACUGGACAGAGAUAAAGAUAUGUAUGCAGGAAACUGUGCCCACUUUCACAAAGGAGGCUGGUGGUACAAUGCCUGUGCACAUUCUAACCUAAAUGGAGUAUGGUACAGAGGAGGCCAUUACAGAAGCAAGCACCAAGAUGGAAUUUUUUGGGCUGAAUACAGAGGCGGGUCAUAUUCUUUGAAAGCGGUUCAGAUGAUGAUCAAGCCUAUUGACUGAAGAAGGACAGUCUCCAAUUUAAAUGACACAGAACUCUUCAUUAUUCAGUUUCUAAAUAUGUAAAUGUCACAUGUAUAUUACUUUACACAAUGUAUUUCUACAGAGAGUCUUAAAAUCAAUUUUACCAAAACUAUUAAAGGGGAUUUAUGAAUGCCAGUCCAUGUUUCCUUAAUACUACAGGUGAUUAUUUGUAUCCUAGUUAGCAUACAAAUUGUACUGAGGAAGUAUAGCAGCUUGUUUUCUAAAAUGUAAAUAUUUGCCACAAUGUAAAACAAAUUCUAGCUUUAUUUUAAAUCAAAAUUGAGUAUGUGUUAAAGAGCCUUAAAAAUUAUUUAAAACUUUGAGACCACUCUAACUCCCAAUGGAAAAAUAAUUUUAAUAUCUUAGCCAAAUAAGCAUUUUAUUUAUAAAAACACUGACAGGAAAUUAGAGAAAACUCUAGUUUUGCCAAUAGAAAAUACAUUUUGCAUCGAAUAAAAGUUAUUUCAAAUUGAA